AUGUAGAUUGGAACUUUCUGCAAUGAUGCCGCAAAGGAGUGUCAGAGGCCCUGCUGACAGGGGCCCAUCUAGUCGAGUGACAGUCACAACAUAUCGCAACAAAUGUGAGAUUAUGGUAACUGGGGAUACAAAAGGACUGGAGAUUAUUUCGGAUGUCUGUGAUAUCUUUAAACUACCAGAGCCAGCAUAUUUCGGAGUGAGACUUAAACGAGAUGGAAGCAAUUUCUGGAUGGAAAACGAGGAAACAAUCAGGCAGGUGUGUGGCAAAAAGUGGAUAGAAGUGGUUAAAGUUUUGGAUUUCAAGAUCAGAUUCUUCCCUCCGGAUCUGACCAGGAUAUCAGAUGAUAAUAUCAUCUACUCGUAUUUCACCCAUAUUCGUGAUGAUGUUAUCAAGGGUAACCUAAUGACUGAUCCCACAACCGCGGUGUCCCUCUCAGCGCUCAUUCUACAAGCUGAUGGAGGUAACUAUGACCCAAUGGUACAUGAUGCUGACUUUAUCAGACAAGCAGACUGCAUACCAAGCAGAUAUUCGAAGAACAACAGCACUAUGAUUGAUAAUAUAGUCAUGGAGUAUGAAAAGUUAUCAGGAAUGCGAUCAGUUGAGUCUCAAGUAGAGUUUCUGGAUAGAUCACAGGGUCUCCACGACUGCGGAGUAGAUUACUAUCCCACCAAGGACAAGUCAGGGUCAACGUUCAAUAUUGGUGCAGGCCACAACGGGGUAUUUAUAAAGCACAACAAAUUAGAUAACCUCAUACUUUUCAAGUGGGUGAAUAUCGUUACCAUGAAACAUGACGGUAAAUUCCUCUGGUUAGAGAUCGAAAACAAAAAACCAAGCACGUUUGAAAUGUUAUCGAAAGAAAUAGCGAGGAUGGUCUUCACGUCCUUCAUAGCUCAGCACAACUUUAAACUUGGUCGACGACUUUCGCCAUUUAAAACGUUGGUACCACAGUAUGGAGAGAAGCGGUCUAUACGGAGCAAAUCUUCACGUGAGGAAGUUGAUUCACGUGCGAGCAGUAUCUCAGCAACCCCUCCCAGUAAACGAACCCUCCUAACAGCUAAUGGAUCUCCAUCUAAAACAGACCUUAGGAACCACCUGCUUAAGAUGUUGACACAACCAGAAGAGAUCAGAAUGGAAUAUCUUGGUAUUGACAAGACUAAACCAGAUGGUACCCACAUUGUAGCUAACUUACCAGAAAAUAAACCUACUAAUAGGUUUAGAGAUAUUAUCCCGUAUGAUGACACUAGGGUCCAUCUACACAGCAAAAGAGGAGACUAUAUCAACGCCAGCCAUGUUAAUAUCGAUAAUUCAAAACACAAGUACAUCUUAUCACAAGGACCAAAAGAUAACACUGUUAGUGACUUUUGGAAAAUGGUGUGGGACCAGGGAAUCUCAGUUAUCGCUAUGGUGACGCAAUUAAGAGAGGGUUACAAAGCGAAGUGUAGUCAGUACUGGCCCGACGAAGUGGGUGAGGAGCUCGAAACGGAAGAACUGAAAGUGACAAUGAAGUUUGUGCGGGACGAUGUUCUGUAUGUUACUCGCAGUUUCCUUGUAAUGGACAAGGAAACGGAACAAUCUCUGGACGUGAUACACUUACAGUUCACUAGUUGGCCUGAUCACGGCGUGCCCAAGACCCCAAAAGACUUGUUAGACUAUUUAUCGGAAGUGCAAUCGUUGACGAAAGAAAUGAAAAAGCCGAACAUGGGGGAGGAUUGUCCGAUCUUGAUACACUGUAGCGCGGGAGUGGGACGGAGCGGGGUUUUACUCAUGAUGGACAUACUCACACGUGCUGUUGAUAAUAAUGAGCACGUGGACAUUCCGGGAACACUGAGAAAACUUCGAACCAAAAGGUCGCACAUAGUCCAGACUGAGGAACAAUAUCUCUUUAUCUACACCGCCCUAAUCGCCCAUCUAGACCAAUCCAGACUCAUUUAAUUAGCUUUUGGCUAGCCUUUGGCUAGCAAAGCAUGAUGGAAAAUGUAGACAAAUUUGCGAAAUAACGAUUUGUGAAUUUUUACAAUAACUACCUGAACUGCUAGUCCAGAAAAUGUUUUUUUCGCCAAUUUCUAACAAUCUAAAAUCUUUCCGUGAUGCUUAUAAUCGAGAGACAUCCUCUAAUCCAAGUGAUUUUCAGAGGGUAGAACAUAUUUGCAAACUCUUAAACUUAAAGUUAUUGACACGCAGUAAAUAUCACAGAAAUUUGUAAAUACUGGGCGUGAUCGAUGAUAAACCGUAUAAGUAUUCGAAAGUUCUGACAUUGAUUUCCCUCUAUGAUUUUCACAUAUGAAGUUUGAGAAGUAGGAUAUGACUGACGGUUUGUUUUAGUUUGCGAUUGCAUUUUGAUUAACAGAUAUUGAUAAUCAUAUUAUCGAAUUACAAUUUUAAAAAGAAGUGAAUUGGAUUGAUCUGAAGGUUAUGAUUGUGCCUUCCAUUCAAUUUUCGUAAUUUUAUAUGAUGUUUUUACAUUCAUUAGAUUCUUCAGUAUUUUUUGCUCGCAUGUAUUAAAGAUGAGUGAUUGAUUAAUGAUUACUCUUUACGAUAAUACGGUUUGAUUAUUGAGUUUGAAUGAUGAAUGAGUUUAUCCUUAAAAUUUAAUGAUUAUCGAACCGAAUUAUAUCAUCUCUUAAAGUGUUCAAAUUAUUUCAGAUAUAAACCCGUUGGCCGUUUUAAAUCUUUAAUUUUGGUUGAAUGUAAACCAUUUUAAAUCAUUAUAAGCUUAAGCAACCAAAUUAUAAUUA